GUAGAGUUCGGGUAGCGCUCGGUUUCCCUCGGCAAUACUCGGCUCUGCUCGGGAAAGCUCGGCUUCGCUUGGCGGGGCAGGGCCCGGCCCGGCGGGGCCCCGGCGGUUCCCGGGGCCGCCCCGGACCUUGCGCUCCAUGACGCGGUGCCGCCGUUCUCUCGCCCGCCCCGCCGGUCUUUGGCCCCGGGGCGCGGCACCUCCAGUCCCGUGGUGCGGCGGGCAGGAGGCGAGCGGCGGCCGGCCCCGUGUGCGGAGCAGCAGCCACCACGGGGCCUCGACAGGGCAGAAGGCCCGUCAUCCCUCCCGUUCCCACCUCUCGCCCCGCUUCCCAGCGCCCCGGCCGGCAGGCAUGGCCACCCCGCGGAUCACCGAGAGCACCGUCACGGUGCAAGGACAGACCCUCUUCUAUCGCCAAGCUGACCCUGCCCAGGCAGCGCCGAAGCUGACGGUGCUGCUGCUGCACGGCAUCCGCUUCUCCUCCGAAACCUGGCUGCAGGUGGGGACACUCGCCACGCUGGCCGAGAACGGCUACCGAGCCGUGGCCAUCGACCUGCCGGGGCUGGGGCGCUCGAAGGAUGCCGUGGCCCCAGCACCCGUGGGCCAGCCGGCACCGGCGGCGUUCCUGAAGGCAGUUUCAGAGGCUCUGGACCUGGGUCCAGCUGUGGUGAUCAGCCCAUCGCUCAGUGGCAUGUACUCGCUGCCCUUCCUCUUAGAGCACAGCCAGCUGUUCAAGGCCUAUGUACCUGUGGCACCCAUCUGCACUGAGAAAUUCACGGAGAAGCAGUAUGCCCAGAUCAAAACCCCCACACUGAUCGUAUACGGGGACCAGGAUGCGGAGCUGGGGCAGACCAGUCUGAACAACCUGCAGCACCUCCCUGAGCACCAGGUGCUGAUGCUGCAGGGUGCAGGACACGCCUGCUACCUGGACAAGCCCAAUGAGUGGCACCGUGGACUCCUGGCCUUCCUGCAGCAGCUGAAGUGAGCAAGAUGGGACCACAGAGCAGGAGGAUGUGGCCAGCCCACCCACCCCUCUGCCUGCACAUGCACCCUUGUGCCAACCCAACCACUCACACUGCACUGGCCCACAAAAGUGCCCACUUCUCUUGAGACCAAAUAAAACCCCAAGCUCUGCCACUGCU